AUGAGUUCGUUUUUAAUGAACCCCGUUUCUGGAGCUUUGCCGUCGAGUUAUCAGCAAGCUCAGCAUUUAUCAGGUGGUGUAGUCGUCGAUCCGAAAUUUCCGCCUAGUGAAGAAUAUAGUCAAAAUAGUUAUAUACCCUCGCCGACCGAGAAUUUUUUCGGGAAUCAUCAUUUGAAUCAGCCUCAGCAUCACCUGCAAUAUGGCUACCACAAUCAUCACCAAACUACGUCUUAUGGAUCAGGAGGCAUGCCAUUAUCUGGAACGGGAUAUGGUAGUUACGGUAAUUAUUAUCAUCAUCAACUGCAUCAUGCACCCCCUAUACAUUCGCACCAAAUUCGACCGCCUAUACUGCACGAGAAUCAACAGAAUCUCGUCAAUUGCGGAUCGAUAUCAAAUAAUCACAACCAAUCCUCGGUUGGCAAUUCCUCGAACAUUUUACAAAGUAUUUCGGACAUUUCAACGAAUGUUACGCAAGCCAGUGAUGUGAACUCUAGUGUGUGUAGUCCUGCUUCCGUGGGCCAUGGACAAGAAUCGAGGGGAUCGCCCCCGGGACAUUCGUUGCAGGAAUUAGGACUCAGAUUAGAGGAUAAUGUGUCUGACGAACCUGAUGAUAUAGAUGAUCAGGGUAGUUCUACAAACAAUGACGAAGAAGAGGAUGAUGAUGCGGAUGGUGAUAGACAGAUUUACCCCUGGAUGAAGAAAGUUCAUGUUGCAGGAGCAUUGCCUCUUGGAAUAACUACUGCUCUAUUAUGUAUUAGAAAAAUAUGUUAUUAA